AUGGUGAAAGCUCGGGCGAUCAGCGAUCUUGGCCUGGGAAGGCUCCGCGGGGCCGCCUGCGACGCCAGGCUGGGGCAGCCGGAAAAGCCUGAGCAGGAGACACACGAGAUAAAGGUUGCCUCGCAGCCUCUUGCAAGACUGGGGUCCUUGCCCAACCCUCCGCAUGGGACGCUGCCCGAGGAGCUGCUCCUGCUGCGCUGCAUCUUGAAAAGGUUUUCGGGACAUGUGGCUCCAGUUAGCGUGGUGAGACGAAGGGGCCGUGUGGCCCUGCCAGGCAGCCACUCGAGCACAGCAGCGCCUCAGACCCCCGCUCUGGCAGGGAGCAUCCGUGCGGGUGUGGCCAGAGGCCGUGCUGGGCCCAGACGCCUGUGGCUUGCCCGGUGGGCCCCCACGGGGGCCUGCAAGGGGAGGGAGCUGGACUGGGGAGAUGCUGUUGUGUUUGCCGUUGUGUUUGCUGCCUUUGCUGGCUUCUUCGAAAACGUUUGUGCUGAACCUGCACGGACAGAUGUCCCCACGCUGACCUCCUGGGCAGCCCCAAUCAUAUGGGAUGGCACGUUCCGGAAAUCAGUCUUGGACAACUACUACAAGGAGCAGGGCGUCACCAUCGGCCUGACGGUUUUUGCCAUCGGGAAGUACCUGGACAAAUACUUGCAGCACUUCUUGACCUCUGCCGACACCUUCUUCAUGGCCGGACACAAAGUCAUCCUCUACGUCAUGGUGGACGACCUCUCCAAAGUCCCGCGGGUCAGGCUGGGCCCGCUUCGGACGCUGAAGACCUUCUACGUGAGGCGGGAGAAGCGGUGGCAGGACAUCAGCAUGACGCGGAUGAGGGUCAUCGGGGACCUGGUCGAGAGCCACGCGCAGCACGAGGUGGACUUCCUCUUCUGCAUGGACGUCGACCAGGUCUUCCAGAGCAACUACGGCGUGGAGGCCCUGGAUGAGUCCGUGGCCCAGCUCCAGGCCUGGUUCUACAAGGCGGACAAGGCCGCGUUCACGUACGAGAGGGACCCCGCCUCGGCCGCCUACAUCCCCUAUGAGGAGGGCGACUACUAUUACCACGGGGCCGCAUUUGGGGGCACCCCGAUGCACAUCCUGAACCUCAGCAGGCAGUGCUUUGAGGGCAUCCAGCGGGACAAGGAGCAGAACGUGGAGGCCGUGUGGCACGACGAGAGCCACCUGAACAAAUACUUCCUCCUCCACAAGCCGACCAAGCUGCUGUCCCCCGAGUACUGCUGGGAUUACAAAAUCGGCAUCCCCCACGAGAUCCAGAACGUCAAGUUGUCCUGGAUGCCGAAGGAAUACGAGGAGGUCCGAAGCAACUCGUGAGGCUCCCGCGGCUGGACAGAUGGCGUCCGACCCUGAGGGCGUGCCCUGCGGCUGGCGUGGUCUUCCUCUGAGGACGCGUGCAGCUUCUCCCGAAACAUUUCGGUCUGGUGAAGCGGCAGGUUUUCCCAUUUCCUCUGCAAGGAGGAAACGUAAAGGAAAGAAAGGUUCUCCUGUAAGCUUGGAAGACCCAGUUCUGCUGUCUUGGAUGAGCUCUCGGUUAGGUUUCGGUGGCUGAGUCGGGCACGGCGGUGGGGAGCGAAGCGGGGGUCCGAACCUAGAAGCCGCUGCAGUCUCGGUGGCGGGGCCGGUGCCGGGGGAGUGGUUUGGCCUCCCUUCCAUGGGGCGACCACAGGAAGAGGAGGGAAGCACCAGGCAGCACAGGACGACCUGCGCAGGCGGGGCGGUCACAGGGCGAUGGUGAUCCGAUCUUCGAAAGAAACUCCAGUGAAGAUGGCCGUCCGUUCUGAAUGCGGAUCAAACCCUGAAACUCAAGCUGAACGCGCCACGUCCCUCGCGGGGCGUGUGGGGCACUUGUGCUCGCUUGCUCGUGCCCGGAAGUUUUUACUUUCGGGAAGACCGCACUGGGUCAGCACUCCACUGGCUACACGCACGUGGGCGGCUGAGCUGCUGUGUGUCGCUUCCGCCUUGGCUUGCUUCUGCGGCUGAGCUGCGGCAGCACCUCUUGAGGGCCGGCCACCUCUUGCGAGCUUUGUGGCCCCCGGCCAGGGCUCCUUCCCGGCAGGGGGAUCCCAGCACUGCCCCCUCCACACACACACACACACACACACCGCAACCUUGUGCAGUUUGCCCAACUUUUCUUCCUCGGCAGUUUUGUUGUCCUGGUAAUUCAAAGAUAGAAGGAAGGGUGGGAAACGGCGGCAGGCCUGCUCCGGGAAGGUGACGGGAGCUUCCCCCAUGGGCUGCUGGUCGGGCCUGGCUGCUUCCGGCCCCAUCAGGGCCUGCUCUCUGGGUGGGCUCCUGCCAGAUGAGGACGAUGGGGCCGGUCGGCAGGGUGGGACCCGUGGGGUGGCUAGCCUGAGACGCCGGUUCCUGGCCCUUCGCAGCCUUAAGUGUGUGCCAGCCCAGCUCCCACAUGGCCUUCCCUAAACCGGAGCCUCUGGAUAGGCUGGACUACAGCUCCCAUCAUCCGCAGCCCGCCAGGCUGGUCGUCUCUGGUUGGCAGCUGUUCUACAAGAUCUCUAGCAGAGAUUUCCCCCAUCCCCUCUGACCAAGUUUCACCGGGAGGGCAAGACUGUGCGGGCAGCCGUGCUCGGGCGGGGGUGCCGCCGGCCCUCCGAUGCACUGCGCACAUCUUGGGGGCCCUUGAGACCGUGCGCCCCCCUUACGUUCCUCUUCCAUGAGCAGGCCAGCGCCCGCUUGUGAAGCCAUGCAGGCGGCACCCGCCUCCUCGUGUGACGCAGAGUCCCGGGCGUUCGUGAUGCGUUGGGCGAAGCGGCCGCGCUGUUGGAAGCCGCCCCACACGCCCGGGCCCUCCCGCAGGCAUCCCCGCCCCGUGUCCCGAGAGGCUCGGGGGCUCCGACGCAAAUCCCCCCAGAGUCACCCUUGGAAUUGUUUGCUUUU